AUGCUCUUCGCCCCCGGCGGACCGCAGAGUCCGCGCCGGCGCAACCGCAUCAAGGCGAUUCUCCUCACGAUCUUCAUUGUACUUGCGCUCUACUGUCUCUUCUUCGCGAACUCGAAACCCACCAGACGAUCCAAACCACACACCGCGAAAUUCGAACAGGGCAGGGAUACGCCACAUGGCGUGGCCGCCCAAGACAACACCGAUGAGCAGGCUCGUGCGGUGACCCGGAAACACAAGGAAAUGGUUGUGGCCAGCAUGGAGGAUGAUGACACUUCAUGGCUGUCCGAAUUCUUCCCCGACUGGUCCAAGAGUAUCUAUGUGGUAGACAACGAGGAUGCGCCGUUGACUGUAACGCACAACAAAGGCCGAGAGUCGAUGGUGUAUUUGACAUAUAUCAUCGACAAUUACGAUCAUCUCCCAGACACGAUGCUAUUUAUCCACUCGCAACGCUACCAAUGGCACAACGAUGACCCCUACUACGACGGGGUUCCGAUGCUCCGCAAUUUCCAGGUCCCUUACCUGGAACGCCGGGGAUAUGUUAAUCUGCGCUGUGCCUGGAUGCUGGGAUGUCCGGUGGAGAUCCGCCCGCUGACUGACACACACCGCGAGGAUGUGCAUGCGGGCGAAUACUACAAAACCGCGUUCAUGGAACUUUUCCCUGGCGAGCCCGUUCCCGACGAGGUGGGGGUGUCCUGCUGCGCGCAGUUCGGCGUGACUCGUUCCAAAGUGCUUCAGCGGCCACGCCGCGACUACGAGCGGUUCCGGACCUGGUUGCUGGACACGCCGCUCUCUGACGACAUGAGCGGACGCGUGAUGGAAUACUCAUGGCACAUGAUCUUUGGCCAAAAGCCAGUCUAUUGCCCCACGGCCCAGGAAUGCUACUGCCAGGUCUUUGGACUCUGCGAUUUAGAAUGUCGUUCAGAUGGCUCAUGCCAUAAUCGCUAUGCCCUACCGCCGUAUUCCUCGCUGCCAGAUGGCUGGCCGUAUAUCGGAUGGAACGGUCAGAAACAGGACCCAUCUCAUGGACUGCCCGAGACAUGA